UUACUCUUUGGAAAACCUGCUGUGUGAUGCUGCAGUCAUUUGUGAUCGGAGCAAAGGAGCUCUUGCUCUCUUUCUCUCCCCCCCCCCACUCGAUUUGCAGUCAGGGAAACUUGACUGUGGAGGAAAGUGUUUGGCCAAGCACUGGUGCAAUCGGAAAAGAGGUGUUUUCUUCUUCUUCUUUCUGUCUUGGAAUAACAGUGCCAUGAUUUCUGGAUUUCAGUACAGCCUUUUUCUUUUCUUGUGCCUAACAUCAUGUCAGGAAUCUCGGGUGUCCCAGAACUGCAUGAACAAGCAGCAGCUUUUGGCUGCCAUCCGCCAAAUGCAGCAAUUUCUAAAGGGGCAGGAAACCAGAUUUGCUGAGGGAAUCCGCGUCAUGAAACACCGACUGACAACUCUGCAAAACAUAGUCACGAAAGCGACCCCAGGCCCACAAACUGUGUUCUGUCCUGCACUGGAUGCCCCCCUGAACGGCAAAAGAUUUGGCACCAAGAACAUGGUGGACCACGAAGUCCAUUUCACCUGUGAUCCUGGAUUUCAGCUCAUCGGUUCCAGUUCUCAAGUAUGUCAGCCAAAUGGCAGCUGGACAGGAGACGUUCCUCAGUGCAGAGAUAUCAGUGUGUGCACAACUCAUCUGUGCCAGAACGGGGGAACAUGUGUUGAUGGCGGUAACCAGUACAAAUGCAGUUGUCUCCCAGAGUGGACAGGUCCCAACUGUCAGUAUCAAACACAAACAGUACCACCAGAAUGGAGUGUAACAAAUGAUCCAGCAUUCAGCCGUAAACCACGCUGUGCCAAAUUUGACCGAAUGCAACAGUGCAGCUGUGAAGCAGGCUUCCAUAUGAGUGGCACAGCAGAAAACAGCAUCUGUCAGGAUGUGAAUGAAUGUGAAGUUUACAAGCUGGAGGGAACCUCUCGUCUCUGUAUGCACACCUGCAUCAACAUUCCUGGCUCAUACCGCUGUUCCUGCCCCAGUGGAUACAGAGUCUUCAGUGACGGGAAAAGCUGUGAAGACAUAGACGAAUGUGCUCUCUCACUGCACAACUGCACAAGGGGAACAACGUGUAUCAAUACUGGAGGAGGCUUUCAGUGUGUUAGUCCAGAGUGUCCCAAGCCUAGUGGAAAUGUCAGCUAUGUGAAAACAUCGCAAUUUCAAUGUGAGCGGAACCCAUGCCCAAUGGACAGCAGAUCCUGCCAUCAUGCCCCAAAGACCAUCUCCUUCCAUUACCUCCCUCUGCCAUCUAACCUCAUCACUCCCACCCCACUCUUCCGCAUGGCGACUGCUUCGGCUCCUGGGCGGCCUGGUCCCGACAGCUUGCGCUUUGGGAUUGUGGGAGGAAACAGCCAAGGGCAUUUUGUGAUGCAGCGCUCGGACCGGCAGACUGGAGAGCUCAUCCUCGUCCAGAGCCUGCAAGGGCCUCAGACCACAGAAGUGGAGGUGGACAUGACGGAGUUCCUGGACCGCACUUUCCAAGCCAAGCAUGUCUCAAAGAUCACUGUCUUUGUGUCAGCUUAUGAGUUUUAAAGGGAGAGUUUAUACAAGGGAGGAAAUAAGUAGCUCAGAGACUGUUCUUGUUCAUUGGGAACUUUUUAUUGUGCUUUAACCAUCAGCUCCAGUAUAAUAUCCGGGAUUGACAUCCGGGCAAGGGCUAUCUGCAUACUUGCUUGUGUUAAUACCAGCCAUGUCUUCCCAGCACUGAUAUAAUGCCUAUAGCCUUUCUGCUUCUCCUCCAGGGGUAGCCAACAUGGUGUCCUCUCAAUGUUGUUGGACUACAACUCCUAUCAUUCCUGAUCAUUGGUCUUGCUGGCUGGAGCUGAUGGGAGAUCGAGUCCAACAACUUCUGGAGGGACCCACAUUGGCUAUCCCUGUUUGAGUAAAACACAUCUUUAGAUGCCCUGAAUGCCUUAGGGGGAUCAUAUGCUUUAGUACCAACUACUGUUGUAGCCCACCUGGGCUGCCCUGAGCACCUUAGAGGGAUCAUAAUGUGCUUUAGUACAAACUACUGUUGUGGCCCACCUAGGCUGCAGCCCUCCUUGCUCUAACCUUCCCCUUGAUGGCCAAUCCAGCAUGUCACAUAUACAGACAACCUGUCCUUAAUGUAGACCUCAUUCCAAGCAGAAAUUCAAGCAAGGGGGAUAGAUUCCCUCUCUCUCUCCCUCCCUCCCUCUCUCUCUCCCUCCCCCCCCUCUCAUGGUGUAUAAAAGCAGUAUUAUAGCUCUGUUGCAAGAUUCUGCUCUCCAAUGUUCAUAUAGUGCUAAGUGCUGAUCUGAUGUAGAAAACAGUGGGCAUGAUCCAGCCAAAAUGAAACACCUUUAAUUCCCAUUUACUUCAGUGGGAGAGAAAAGCACAACGUGCCUCCUUUAUGGAAUCAAUACAUCUCUUGUUUGGCCUUCCUCUUUUUCUACUCCCUUCUGUUAUUGCAUUUUGGAUACUCUGUUCAUAGGGUUUUCGUGGUAAGAGAUAUUCAGAGGUGGUUUACUAUUGCCUUCCGCUGAGUCUCAAUGCAUCUUAGUCUGGUGUUUCAGCUUUGACGAUUCCGCCUUGGGUGACCCUGCUAGGAGUCUAGCCUCUUGGUCUAGACUUCUGACGGCAUUGCUCUUGGCUUCUUCAACACUCUCAAACCCCCUCACCACGUUAAGGUGUGCAACCUAGAGGGGGGUCAAAGUGCUUAGCAGAGCUGAAACUAAACUUUGCAACAAACUCACAAUUUCAGCCUCACUUCAGAACUAAAAUUUGAAUAUAUAUUUGUCAUACUUUGCCUGUGAAAUACAGCUUUGAGGGAGACUUUGAAGAAACUGAAUCUUAAGCCUUGGUGAUGAAUUUUAGAAACUAUUAUGUUAAGCAGUAACUUGCCAAAUUUGAUACCUUUUGCACCUUCCUUUUUUCUCUUCCUAAUCCCACUAAACCCAAGAGCCUCCAUCAGUGGCAAUAUCCCAAAGGACCAACAUACUUUUAUAAACAUAAAUGUAUGUUCUUAAAAUGGUUCUAAUUGGUCUUAUGCAAAUUGCUUAUGAUCCCUGUGCAUCCCCCCCCCCCAGCUCCGGAAUAAAAAGAAUUUGGGUCCCACUUAGAUAUCUUGUUUUUCAAAGAAAAGUGCGGGAUGUCUUUAUUUGCAUUUUGUUUUUCUGUGAGUAUUUUGGAUUUUUCUUAUUGUCUUCUCCUGCGCUAUAUAUGCCUCUGGGAUCAUGGAUCAUCAAAACUGAGAUGCAGUUUCAUUGAAACUGAGAUGAGGAAAAUCUGGAUUAUAAAAUAUACAAACCUGAACACUGGCAAAUGUCAGCUCAUCCAGAUUUGUCUUGUUUACUCAGCCUCCUGGUUGGGUUUAUACCUGCAUAUGUUUUGUUUGUUUUUAAUGGUUCUCCGUAAGUAGCAGAAACAGCUGCAGCAUUUUCUUCGUAAUCUGGCUCUCAAUAUCAAGCGCCAGGCCCCAAGGGUAUCUUGGGUACAGGCUUGUGCCAGAAUAGCAAGCCUGGAAAAAGGCGUAUCAAUCGCUGUUCCCUCAGGGUUUUUUAAAGUCUGUGAUUGGCUGGCAACAACUUGAUAAAUUUUCUGGCAAGUUAGGCUAGACAUUCUGAGAGCAGCUCAAGCAAGCAGCAAGUUCCUCAGACUGAGAAUCAGGCCAGAAUGUGAGGCUUUAUAGAGCCUAGUGGACUGCUAUUGGCCCCAUGGGUCACCUGACCAAUGCCAGACAAUAAGCACUAUAGCCAAUUGCAUUAGUGUUGUCCUCCUAACUACAGGGGGCCAACAACUCCCUCUUCCGGGCAAGCCACCAUGGCUAUGCAGCGUGUGAUGCUUUUACAAGUUGUCAGUCAUUGGUUUUGAGACUCCUGCAAGGCCAGCUCUACCAUUAGGCAGAGUGAGGAAACUGCCUCAGGUGAGUGACGCUGCGGGGGGCACAUUGGUGGCAGCCCCCCCGCUGUUCCCCUCCAUUGAAGGGCAGAGCUAUGUCUGUCAUGUGGCCUGUCAAGCAGCCAUUAAACUAGCUUGCUGCCCUCAGGUGCAGUGGAGGAUACUCCUUGUGCUAGUGUAGAAGAAUCAACUGUCAGCUCAGUUGGCAUUUGUACAUGAACAUUGGUGGGCACCUUGUCUUUUGCCUCAGGCAGCAAAAUGUCUGAGACUAGCCCUGGAUCCCUAUCAGUGUAUGAUCUGCGACCUGCAUAGGCUCGCUUGACCCUCUUGGCUCUUGUUGUCCCUUAUCUGCCCCUUGCCCUCUGCAAGACUGAUUGACUUAGCUGAAGACUGACUCAUGCUCAGGUCUACACAACUGCAAUCGUUGUGUCCCCCACAAUCCAAAGUGGUAAGGAGCUAUUUUUCCAUGGUCAACUCCCUUAUGAAAAGAAAGGUCUUGUAUGUUUAUUUACAAAUAUACGAGUUGAGCAUACACAGGGAGUGCCUAAACAGGCAGCGCUUAUCUGUAAAUCAGCAUCAGUUCCUCAAAAGCGAGCAACAUGCACUGGUAACCUUGACUGGGUUACUGCAAUGUGUUCUAUGUAGGGCUGCCCUCGGGCCAGGUUCAAGGCUCUUGUGUUAAUAUACACAGCCCUGAACGACUUGGGUCCAGGAUAACAGAGCUCUUAUAUUGCAGCCCAAUGACUGAGAUCAUCUGGAGGAGAGCUGUUAGUUGUCCCCACGUUACAGAAGCCUGACUGAUCUCAGCCAGAAGUCAGGUAUUUAGUGUUGCCGGUCCCAUGCUGUGGAACACUCUUCCAGCAGAGAUUCAUCAGGCAUCGUGCUUUUGACUUUCAGGCGUCUCUUGAAGGCGUUUUUGUGCUGACAGGCCUCUGCAGUUGUUUAAAAUGCCUCUUGCGUAGCCAUUCAUUUUAAUGAUUGUUUUGUAUUGCUUUUAAAUGUUUGUAUGUUGCUUUACACUGCCCUGAUGUUUUGUGAGAGGGCAGUAUAUAAAUUCUUUUAUAAAUAAAAUAUC